AUGCGAAAGAGGAGAGAAAGUAAAGUGCGCGCUUGGAGACGAGCUGGACACAUCAGGCAGCAGAAGGAGGCGUGCUCUUGUCGUGCGCCGCAGCGUUUGAUGAUCCCCGUAUGCUUUCUGUGGAUGCGCGCAGCUGCUGGAGCGUGUGUGCUGCUACUUUUCGGGACUCUCUGCUCUCGGGUCACGGAGGUGGGAGGCACCCACCAGAGCAUCCCGCCGUCCGUGGUGAAGUUGUGGGCUUCAGCGUUUGGUGGAGAGCUGAAGUCCAUUUCAGCAAAGUAUUCUGGCUCCCAACUGCUUCAGAAGAAAUACAAAGAGUUUGAGCGUGCAGUGCGAGUGGAGGAGAUUGAUGGACUGCGCCUGGUCAAGCAGCUCGCACAAGACAUGGAGGAGAUGUUCCAUAAGAAAGCACAGGCCAUGAAGAGACUGGUGGAGGCAGCAGAAGAGGCCCACCUUCAACACGAGGAAGAUCCAGACCUACAGUACGAAUACUUCAACGCUGUGCUGAUCAACGAAGUGAACGAAGACGGAAACAGCGUGGAACUAGGAGGAGAAUUUGUCUUGCAGCCAAAUGACCAUUUCAAUAAUUUAUCGGUUAACCUCAGUCUGAGUGUGGUGCAGGUGCCCACCAACAUGUAUAAUAAAGAUUCUGCUAUUGUCAACGGCGUGUACUGGUCGGAAGCCCUAAAUAAAGUCUUUGUGGAUAACUUUGAGAAGGACCCGUCCCUCAUCUGGCAGUACUUCGGCAGCGCAAAGGGCUUUUUCCGACAAUACCCAGGCAUAAAAUGGAAACCAGAUGAACAUGGUGUGAUUGCUUUUGACUGUCGAAACCGGAAGUGGUACAUCCAGGCUGCGACCUCUCCUAAAGACGUGGUGAUCUUGGUAGAUGUGAGCGGAAGCAUGAAGGGGCUUCGGCUUACAAUCGCCAAACAGACAGUUUCCUCCAUCCUGGACACUUUAGGGGACGAUGACUUCUUUAACAUCAUAGCUUAUAAUGAGGAGCUGCAUUAUGUGGAGCCCUGUUUGAAUGGCACUCUGGUACAGGCUGAUGUCACGAACAAAGACCAUUUCCGAGAGCACCUGGACAAGUUGUUUGCUCAAGGAAUCGGAAUGCUCGACGUCGGCUUGACGGAAGCCUUUAAUCUUCUUAGCGAUUUCAAUGAAACAGGGAGAGGAAGUGAGUGCAGCCAGGCCAUCAUGUUGGUGACGGACGGAGCAGUGGACACCUACGACACCAUCUUUGCCAAGUACAACUGGCCCGAUAGAAAGGUCCGGAUAUUCCCCUACCUGAUUGGUCGAGAGUCUGCCUUCGCUGAUAAUCUCAAAUGGAUGGCAUGCGCUAACAAAGGCUACUUCACUCAGAUCUCCACACUUGCUGAUGUCCAGGAGAAUGUGAUGGAGUAUUUACACGUCUUGAGUCGUCCAAAGGUGAUUGACCAAGAGCAUGACACCGUGUGGACCGAGGCCUACGUCGACAGCACUUUGGACAAUGGUCAAGGGCCAGUUCUGAUGACAACUGUAGCAAUGCCAGUGUUCAGCACAAAAAAUGAAACGAGGAACAGGGGCAUUCUGCUUGGUGUGGUGGGGACUGAUGUGCCAGUGUCUGAGCUCCUCAAGACCAUCCCCAAAUACAAGCUGGGCAUUCACGGCUAUGCUUUUGCUAUCACCAACAAUGGGUACAUCCUCACCCACCCGGAUCUGCGGCCACUCUACGGUGACGGUAAGAAGCGGCGGAAGCCAAACUACAGCAGUGUGGAUCUGUCGGAGGUGGAGUGGGAAGACAAGGACGACACGCUCAGAAACGCAAUGGUCAACAGGAAGACGGGGACGUUCUCUAUGGAAGUGACAAAAAGCAUUGACAAAGGAAAACGGGUGUUGGUUUUACAUAACGAUUACUACUACACUGACAUAGAAGGGACUCCUUUCAGUCUCGGAGUCGCUCUCUCAAGAGGUCAUGGGAAGUACUUCUUCAGAGGAAACGUCACAAUUGAAGAAGGUCUUCACGACUUGGAGCAUCCAGAUGUGGCUUUAGCCGAUGAAUGGACAUACUGCAACACAGACGAGAACCCAGACCAUCGCUACAUGUCCCAAAUAGAGGCAAUCAAACUUUACCUGAGUGGGCAUGAACCGCAGCUGAAAUGUGACAAAGAACUAGUUCAGGAAGUCCUGUUUGAUGCUGUGGUCACUGCUCCACUUGAAGCCUACUGGACAAGCUUAGUUUUGAACAAGUCUGAAAAUUCCGACAAAGGUGUGGAGAUCGCUUACCUGGGCACGAGAACAGGCCUUUCCAGGAUCAACUUGUUUGUUGUUCCGGAUGAGCUAACGAACCAAGACUUCCUGACAGCUGAGGACAAGGAAGGAGUUUUUAAUGCAGAUCACUUUCCCCUUUGGUACAAAAGAGCCGCCGAGCAAGUUCCUGGGACAUUUGUCUACUCUCUGCCAUUUACUGGAUCUGAGAACAAGAGUGUGGUCCUGGCCAGCACAGCCAUUCAGCUCCUGGACGAGAGGAAAUCGCCGAUAGCUGCGGACACUGAAGACGCUAACGUAACUGGACAAGCUGAUGACAUCAUCACCACGAGCCGCAGGACACUGUUUGAGUCACAGUAA